AUGGCCCGUGGAUCCGCCGCAGUCCUCACCCUUCUGACGGCAUUUUGUGCACGAGCAAUUGCUUCUGACACGUCUUACGACGCCACCGGCCUGCCGGUCAGCAACCUGCGCGUCGACCGCGACUUUGUCAACUGGCCGCUGCAGGUCUCCCUCGCAGCGCGCCUUGCUGCGGCGCCCGGACUGGUCGUCGCCCUGCAGUGCGACUGGGAGCUCUGGCGGCACGCCGCCCUGGAUCUGGCCGGCAACCGCCCGGUGCUGUGCCUCAGCCGCCACUGCGGGCCGCUGAGGGUGCAAAAGGCGGCGCUGCAGGCGGCUCGCCCCGCGUGGGCGUUCCACUGCAUGCAUGCGCCUGACGAGUUUGCAGACGACCCAAAUCCCAAACCCAGCGGCGGCGACAAGAAGCGCGGCAGCAAAGGGAAAGGAAAGAAGAAGCCCCCGGCCAACGGCGCAGAGCCGGCCAUGGCAGCCGCCGCCGCCCCGCCGCGCGGCCCCGCUGCCGCCGCCGGCGACGAGGGCGAGCAGCAGCAGCAGCAGCAGCAGCAGCAGCAGCAGCAGCAGCAGCAGCAGCAGCAGCAGCAGCAGCAGCAGCCGCCGCCGCAGGCGCGCCCCGGCCGCAAGCAGGCGCUCAGCGGCCUGUCCAACGCUGAGGUGGACGCCCUCAUGGCUAACGCCACGACGCUGGUGGUCGGCCUGCCGGCCGGCGGCGCCAAGCUGCAGCCGCCGCUGAUCGCGGCGAUGACGGCCCACAUGAAGGCGCUGGAGCGGGUGGCCGUCCUGAUGGCCGGGGACAAGGGCCGCCAGGUAUCCCAGCUGGCUGUGAUUGAGAUGCAGGCCCAGCAGGCCACGGUCCUGUACAACCCCCAGAACAGGCGCGCCGCGACGCGUAUUGCGCGCAGCGGGGCGGACUGCGCCGGACUGCGCCGCGGGACUGUGCUGCUGCAACAGCAGGCCACGGUCCUGUACACCCCCCAGCUUGUAUGGGCGCACCCACAGCUGUGCGUGCCAGCCUGCGUGCUGGCGGCCUGA